GGCCCUGCGGAGAGAGCCGGCCCUUUUUUCCCCCCAGCUCGUCUUUUGCGUCGGGAUGGCGGAGGAGGCGGAUCGAGCCCGGGCGGCGGCGACCCAGUGGCUUCUCUGGGACAAGAAUCCUAAAACCUUGGAAAUAGUAAAGCAGCUGAUUGCCAAGGGAAGCACAGAAGAACUAUUGAAAUGUUUCGGCUCGCGGAUGGAAUUUGGGACGGCAGGACUACGAGCGGCGAUGGGACCAGGAACUUCGCAGAUGAAUGACUUGACUAUCAUUCAGACAUCCCAGGGAUUUUGUAGGUAUCUGGAAAAGAACAUCAGUGACCUGAAAAACAGAGGAGUGGUUAUAGGCUACGAUGCACGGGCCCAUCCAUCAAGCGGUGGUAGCAGCAAAAGGUUUGCAAGGCUCGCGGCCACCGCCUUCGUCACCCAGGGGGUUCCUGUCUACCUGUUCUCCCAGAUCACACCAACUCCUUUUGUGCCGUAUACAGUGACCCAUCUCAAACUUGCUGCUGGAAUUAUGGUUACUGCAUCUCACAAUCCCAAACAAGACAACGGAUAUAAGGUUUACUGGGAAAACGGCUCGCAGAUUAUCGGCCCACACGAUAGAGGAAUCGCCGACGCCAUUAACGGGAACCUAGAACCGUGGCCUCAAGCGUGGGACGACAGCCUUAUUGACCAAAGCCCUCUUCUCCAUGAUCCUUAUCCGACGGUUAACAAGGAUUACUUCAAAGAUAUACAGAGGCACUGUUGUCACAGGGAUAUAAACAAGGAGACCAAGUUGAAAUUCGUUCACACCUCUGUCCACGGGGUCGGGCACGAGUUUGUGCAGUCGGCCUUUAAGGCGUUCGACUUUAGCCCUCCGUUCGCGGUGCCUGAACAGAAGGACCCCGAUCCAGAGUUCCCCACCGUAAAAUACCCAAAUCCAGAGGAAGGGAAAGGUGUACUGGUUCUCUCUUUUGCUCUGGCUGAUAAAAAAGGCGCUCGGGUAAUUUUAGCCAACGAUCCCGAUGCCGAUCGACUUGCUGUGGCUGAGAAACAAGGAAGUGGAGAAUGGAAAGUGUUUUCCGGCAACGAAUGUGGAGCUCUUUUAGGCUGGUGGCUCUACACAUGCUGGAAGAAUCAAAAUCAGACUCCCAAUGCCAUUAAAGACGUAUAUAUGUUAGCGAGCACCGUGUCCUCCAAAAUAUUACGAGCAAUCGCUCUUAAGGAAGGUUUUCAUUUUGAGGAAACGUUAACAGGAUUUAAGUGGAUGGGAAAUCGAGUCAAGGAGCUGAUUGACCAAGGAAAAAAUGUCUUAUUCGCUUUUGAAGAAGCCAUCGGAUAUAUGUGCAGCCCCAUCGUUCUGGAUAAAGACGGCGUGAGUGCAGCUGUCAUAACUGCAGAGAUGGCUAGUUUUCUGGCCACGAAGAACGUGACUCUGUCUCAGCAGCUGAAAAACAUUUACACAGAAUACGGUUAUCAUAUCACCAAGUCUUCCUAUUUUAUCUGCCACGACCCGAAGAUCGUCACGGCUCUCUUCGAGAAGCUUAGGAAUUACGAGGGGAAAAAUACCUACCCCAAAACCUGUGGGACAUUUGCAGUCUCUGGAGUCAGAGAUCUGACGACCGGCUACGACAGUAGCCAAGAUGAUAAAAAAGCAGUGCUCCCCACGAGUAAAAACAGCCAAAUGAUCACGUUUACAUUCAGUAACGGAGGUGUAGCUUCCAUGAGGACCAGCGGGACAGAACCCAAAAUCAAAUAUUACGCCGAACUUUGCGCGCCCCCUGGAAACAGUGAUUUUGAAAAGCUGAAGCAAGAACUGGAUGAACUGAUCGGCGCUCUCGAAAAAUAUUUCUUUGAGCCAGAGAAGAACAAGCUGCAGCCCAAACCGGAGUGAUAACAUCCGCACUUCUUUUAAUCUGUGUAGUCUUAAAUAAAAUACAUAAAGCGGAGAGUGGGGAGGAAAGGAAAUUUAAUUUCUUUCCCGAAAGACUUAGAAUAACUUUAUUGUCAUUUCAAAAUGUACACCAAUCGGCAUACAUUAAAAUGAAAUUUCGUUGCAUA